CUGAAAGAACGGGGCCUGAUCCAGUUCAAUGCCAGGCAGUUGUCACGCGUCUAUCCGCAAGGUUCACGUGUCACAUCGGCAAAUUAUGAUCCUGUGCCAAUGUGGAAUGCUGCAUGCCAUAUGGUUGCACUCAAUUAUCAGACUGGCGACAAGGCGAUGCAAUUGAAUCAGGGGAAAUUUAUGGCAAAUGGCCAGUGUGGAUAUGUGCUGAAACCAUCAUAUAUGAUCGAUGAGAUGUUCUCUCCGGAUGCUGCUGAAGUUGUUUCUACCUCCUGUCCAAUUGUACUUACACUCAACGUAAGAAUAAGUCGAGCUUACUGUUUACCGGCCAUAGUAACUUUUCAAAUUUUGGCUGGGCAGCACCUGUCGAGGAGAGACAAAAAUAGAGGUAUUUGUUCGCCAGUUGUUACUGUGGAGAUUAUUGGUUUGCCAGCUGAUUCGACCUCCGUUCGCACUCGAGCUAUUGCUUCAAAUGGACUGAAUCCGGUCUGGAAUGAGAUGUUUAUCUUUAAAAUCCAUUGUCCAGAAAUAGCGUUGCUUCGUUUCUAUGUCGAGGAUGGUGAUUUUGUUGGGCCGAAAACAGAUCCAUUCAUUGGUCAAGCCGUAUAUCCACUUGACUGUGUUCGUACAGGCCACAUCCGCUAG